UUGAGAGUAACAGGAUGUGCUGAUGUUUCUGUGACGGAGGAGUCACCUGAGAGAAUGCUCCUCAGCUUCACUAUAUAAGAUGGAGCAGAUCAAGAAGGCACCGUGAAACAGCUCCAGAAGCCAAAAGAGAAGAAAGGCACCAAACAGCCCACUUACAAUCUCUCACUCGGACGCUCAACAGAAAAGUACCACAGAGCUCAAACGAUGAACAGCGCUCACUCUUUGGCUGGACUCUUGCUUCUCAUCAUCAUCCAAAGCAGCUGGCAGGUGCCUGACCAGGACACAGAUCGAAACUCCAUGUUAUUGUCUGAUAACUCCAUAAUGACUGAACCCAUUGAGCUCCCAAACGUGAAGAGACAUUCAGAGGGAACAUUUUCCAAUGACUACAGUAAAUACCUAGAGACGAGAAGAGUACAAGACUUUGUCCAGUGGCUAAAGAACUCAAAAAGGAAUGGGAGCCUGUUUAGACGCCAUGCAGAUGGCACCUUCACCAGUGAUGUGAGCUCCUACCUGCAGGACCAGGCAGCCAAGGAAUUUGUGUCCUGGCUGAAGACCGGCCGAGGUAGAAGAGACUAGACUCAGCCAGAGAGCGCCACUGGCUUCCUAAAUAAUACAGCAAUUCUUACUGGCUCUGUUGUACGUUUCACAUUCUGUACCAGCCCUUUUCUUGGUCAUACUAUUAAAUUCCCCUCAUAAGAAACU